UCAAAUAUUUCCAUUUCAAUCACCGCAAGUCCUUCAUAAUAUAGUCUUUGUUAUUCUACCGUUAUUAUUGAUUGUGGUAGAAAGAAAGAAGAAGAGAAGAAAUGGGUACUCCCUUGGGGACAAAGAACGAGGAUGAUAAUAUGGCUGACCUCAGGAGACACAUGUUUAAAUCCGCAAUGACAGGUGAAUGGGCCAAAGUGGUUACAACCUACGCAGGGAACCCGAAGGCUUACAGGGCACAAAUCACCAAGUCAGGCGACACAGCAUUGCACCUAGCAGUCCGCGAUGGCCAAGAAGAUAUCGUGGAACAGCUAGUAACUCUAAUGUGCAGGCACCCAGAAGAUGCCAGGGAGGCUCUGAAAGUCGCCAAUGAUAAAAAGAAUACGGCUCUACAUAUCGCGGCUAGCCUGGGGAAUGUCCGGAUGUGUUUAUGCAUUGCUAAUGUAGAAGCAUCUUUGGUGGGUGCCCGUAAUGAGGAAGGAGAGACCCCACUCUUCUGGGCAGCUAUGUUUGGGAAAAAAGAGGCAUUCCUUUGCCUCCAUUUCAUUUGUGGCCCUGAUCGAGGUCGUUCAUAUUACAGGAGGUUUGACGGCGACACCAUUCUUCAUGCUGCCAUCAUUGGAGAAUAUUUUGAUUUAGCGUUUCGAAUAAUUUAUUUGUGUGGAGAACUUGCUAGCAGCGUCAACCAGAAAGGCGAGACCCCUCUGCAUCUCUUAGCAAGUAAACCCGACUCCUUUAGAAGCGGUACCCACCUUGGAGGCUAUCGCAAGAUGAUAUAUCGCUGUAUAUUUGUUGAUGAGCUUAAGGUGGAUCAGGAAAUGCUUAAUCAACCAGCAGUAGCUGAGGCAUCCAACAUUAAUGACAAAACCACUUAUCCACAGAACUACGAAACAUGCGUAAAUUUCCUUCGGUAUCCGAUCAAAUGGGGAUAUAACUUUCUGCUUUCAACAAUGAAUCAAUGUAAAAAUUUACAACGCCUGCGGCUGGGAGAUGCAGAGAAUCAACAAGAUGAGUUAGGAAACCAACCAAGAAAUAGAGGACGAAGACGUGGAUUUAUUCCUUCAAAUUAUGAUACAUGUUUUGACCUCUUCAAGUUUAUGUCCAAGGCAAUGUUAGUCAUUCUAGGAUUAGGAUCAUCGGAGCUCAAAAAGUUGGAGAAAAAAAAAGAGAAGCAUACAUGGUCUGUUCAGAUCCUAGACGAACUUCUUGAACGUGUUGUGAUGUAUGAGUAUGAAUAUGCCGGAAAGGAUCCCUCCCGUUCUGAUGAAGCACCUUUUGCAUUUAGCGAAGGUGAUGAGGUUGUGUGGGCUAUUGAUGACCAUAGCACCCCAAAUGAUGCCAAAGGAAAGGAGGAGACGCCAAAGAAAGACGAGAACUUAGAAAAGAAGGAAGAGAAGCCAAAGAAGUCUGAAAUGGUAGAGAAGGAGACAGCAAUACUAAUAGCAGCAAAAAAUGGUAUCACAGAAAUGGUGGAGAAAAUCUUGGAAAAAUUUCCUGUGGCUAUUCAUGACAUGAACCCGGAGAGAAAGAAUGUAGUGCUAUUGGCAGUGGAAAACAGACAACCACACGUAUACCAGCUCUUGCUGAAGAGAAAAGUGAUGAGAGACAGCAUCUUUCGCAGAGUGGACGAUAAAGGAAACAGCGCACUGCACCUGGCUGCCACGCUUGGAGCCUACAAGCCUUGGCUCAUUCCAGGCUCUGCUUUACAGAUGCAAUGGGAGAUCAAGUGGUAUGAGUAUGUUAAGAAAUCCAUGCCACCCCACUUUUUCCCACGCUACAACAAGGAUAACAAGACCUCAAGAGACAUAUUCACCGAAACACACAGCGAACUCGUCAAAAGCGGGGGCGAAUGGCUAACUAACACCUCCGAAUCAUGCUCCGUAGUAGCCGCACUCAUCGCCACAGUCGCCUUCGCAACAUCAACCGCCGUCCCAGGCGGCGUCAAUGAGAAUAGCGGCGCGCCAACCCUGGAAAGUCACCCCGCAUUCAACGCCUUUGCUAUCUCCUCUCUCGUGGCUCUCUGCUUCUCAAUAACUGCCGUGGUCAUGUUUCUGUCAAUACUGACUUCUCGAUACCAAGAGAAGGAUUUUGGGAAAGAUUUGCCGAGGAAGCUUCUGCUGGGUUUAUCAUCGUUGUUCGUGUCAAUUGCUGCCGUUUUGGUGUCCUUUUGUUCGGGACAUUUCUUUGUGCUUAGAGAUCAACUGAAGUACGCAGCAAUGCCAAUUUACGCAGUGACGUGCUUUCCAGUGACUCUGUUUGCCAUAGCGCAGUUUCCCCUGUAUUUUGAUCUUAUCUGGACCACCUUUAAGAAGGUGCCGCAGCGCAGCUACAUGGUGGUUCAUUAAUUUCACAUGUUCAUUUGAGCUUGUUGAUCGAGUUGUGCUUUUUGUCUGUUUUGCGUUGUUUCUUUUCCCUCAGUGUUUCUUAUUUCUUAUAGGCUUGAUGGUAUUUUGACAUGGCAUUGCUUUAUGAUAUUUAUAAGGUUGCUUA